UACUAUAGUUUAAAUUAUAUGCAAUUAGCUGAACUUCAGAGUGUUUUUGACCUACUUAAGUAGGACUUAAGUACAUCGUAAUGCAUUUUUAAUUACACAUUUGUAAUGAUGAAGUUGCAAUUUGGUACUUUUAAAACAUAUUAACUUUAAAUGUAAUAUUUCAGUUUACGUUGCUUUACGUGUAGUAUGUUAGUCAAAACAUCAAAAUACAUGCACUUCUUUAAAAGAUUAUUAAAAAAAAUGACAAUGGACAUUUUAAAAGUGUGUUGAGAAACUCUUUUUAAGUGCACUUAAGUGGCCUUUUAUUUCCUUCAUAUUAUAUUAUCUGCAAGUACAGUUUUUUAAAUACAUUAAAAAACGCUGGGUUAAAGACAACUCAAGUUGGGUUGAAAAUGGACAAACCCAGCGUUUGGGUUGUGUAUUAACCCUGCAGUUGGGUUAAAUGUUUGCCUAACCUGCUGGGUAGUUUUAUUUAACUCAACUACUGUAUUUAAGCCACAUUUAACCCAACCGCUGGGUUAAAACAACCCAGUUGCUGUGUUUGUACAUUUUAAGCCAACUUGGGUUAUUUUUAACCCAGCAUUUUUAGAGUGACUUGUAGGAUUUGAAGUACACUACAAGUGCACUUUAAUACAAUUAAGCGCACUUCUAUUUCACAAGUGUAGUCGUGCUGUUUACAAGCAAUACUACGCUCUAAAACAUGCUGCGUUGUUUCAAACCCAAAUUUGGGUAAAAUUUUGUUUUUUAUUUAUCCCAACCAUUGGGUUUGUCCAUAGCUGACCCAAAUUUGGGUUGAAACAACCCAGCAUUUUUUAGGGUGUAGGUUAUCUGGUGAUGCUGGCUUGUCAGUGAUCAAAAACACAAUUAGGCCUUUGUUAGAACACAGCAGAUUGUAAAGUCAUAAUGAAUCUCUCACUAACAAAAAAGAACCAAAAGCUAAAAUAACAGUUUGCUGGAAGCCGAGCACAAUGACUAGCAGAUGACCCGAUUUCCCAUGAUGAACAUUUGGGACAUCUCGUUUGAGCAAGAACAUCACUAAUACACUCCACGUGGGGUUGAGAAAGACCAAUGCAGACCAUUAGUAAGCAUCUCCCAUGAUGCAACACUCAAAGCAAGAGGGUUUUGUGUGUCAGCAUCAUCUUUUUUUGUGUCUGUUUGCUCUUUAGCUACACUCAUCACGUCGAUGUUGGAUGAUUAAUUAUCAGCAUCUGACAGCUGGAGAGUAAAUGCCUUCACAGCGUGAGGAUGAUGAGAGGGAUUUUAGGAUGAUACACAGUCGAGACACACUUGUUUCUUCAUCUUUGAUGUACGAGUAAAUGCAUAAUAAUUAUUUCAACACAAUGCUGUGGAAACAUCCUGUCCUUUAAAGGGGACCUAUUAUGCCCCUUUCACAAGAUGUAAUAUAAGUCUCUGGUGUCCCCAGAAUGUGUCUGUGAAGUUUCAGCUCAAAAUACCCCACAGAUCAUUUAUUAUAGCUUGUCAAAUUUGCCCCUAUUUGGGUGUGAGCAAAAACACGCUGUUUUUGUGUGUGUCCCUUUAAAUGCAAAUGAGCUGCUGCUCCCGGCCCCCUUUCCAGAAGAGGGUGGAGCUUUAACAGCUCGCGCUUCGGUCGCUCAACGACAACAAAGCUGGAGAAUCUCACGCAGCCAAAAUGAGGAUUGUCAGUAGGCGGUGUUCAGCCUUACAUUGUUCAAACCGGAGUCGACACUGAUGGAGAGACUCAGGAAGAAGUUACAACUUUUAGACGUUUCUGAAUGGUUAGUGGAUAAAUUUAUGUAGUUGCUGUGGAGUUGAUUCAACUCAUCCACUAGCAUGUGCCGUCAUGUUAAUCUUUUGUGCAAAACCUGUAUGGGCGCCCACUAUACAUUUUUGCCAAACAGAGCCAUAUACACCAGGCUAACGUUUAUGAUUGCUAUCGAAUGCUGUGAAUGGUUGAAUAGUUUUUUCCAAAAUAUCGCUCGGACGGAAACGCUCCUUUUUUAGCAAUCGAGCUUGCCAGGGUCAACUUGCAGGCUAUCCAAGCUAACGAGACUCUAAAUAGUGUUCAGUGCUCGUCUGUGCAGCCAAUGACAGAACAGUUAUCAUGCUUUGCUCCAACUUUUGUUUUGCGUUAGAACUGGUACACCGUUGUCACUUGCGAAAACAAAAUGGCGGCGCCGUGGGUGGAAACGUGCAGAUUAAGGGGCGGUAAUAUUAUAAUAAGAUGCCUCUUCCUACGUCACAAGGGGAGUGAAAUCUGAGCGGCUCGUUUUUUCACAUGCUUGCAGAGAAAGGCUUACCAAAACAAAGUUACUGGGUUGUCCUUUUUCACGUUUUCUGUAUUGGUAGAUGGACCAGGCACCCGAUUAUAGCACUUAAACAUGGAAAAAGUCAGAUUUUCAUGAUAUGUCCCCUUUAACUUCCAGAGUUCUGGAGUUGAAUUCAAAAAGUUGAGUUGUCACAUGUUUUGGAGGAAAAAAUAAACAUCUUUUCUAUUCUGUGAUGUUCAUUCGAGACACAACUCAUUUGUGUCCAGUUUUAAUUCUCUUGAGGAAUUUUGUGAAACUGUAGAAGAUAUCAGCCGGUCCAGAGAGCACAGAGAGUAGCUUUGGUGAUGAAAGCAGAUGGUUAUAUGAAAGAAACUUCUUUGUUCAAACACACUGCAUAACUGAUAAUGGAGCAGAUCUACAAACCAGCAAGAGCUCAAAUAGAAGUGCACUUACUGAAUGUGUACUUGCAGUGUACUUCAAAUCUUCAAAUAAUAUUUAAAAAAAAAAAAAACUGUACUUGCAGUUAAUAUAUUAAAGAUUUAAAAGGCCACUUAAGUACACUUUCAUGACUGUUUCUUAACACACUGAAGUACACCUUUUUUAAAAAGUGCACUUUAUAAUAAUGCCAAAUUAAGUUUUUACUUUAAAGUACAUUUGAAAUCAUUGUUAUCAUAAUCAUAGUGCACUUAUUUUGAUGUGUUGACUAACAUACUAAAGCACAUGUAAAGCACUUGAUUAUAAUUUUAACUAUAGUGUGUUAUUCAAUAUUACAUUUAAAGUUAAUAUAUUCAAAAUGUACUAAAUGCAACUUUGUCAUUACAAAUGUGUAAUUAAAAAUAGAUUUAAAUACAAGAUUUAAUAGAAAUGACAUUAAAGUAUAUUUCAGUUUACCAUAAAUGCUUGUCAUUACAUUCAGCACUUUAACCAUAUUUCAAAGACAAUAGAAUUAUGAUAUUAAAAUAUAAAAUGUACUACUUAAGUGUUAAAAAAAGCACUCUUAAAUUCAUCUCAUUUGAUAUGCAUUUAAACUAUAGAACAUGCACUAAAGUGUCUGAAAACGUUACAUUCAUUUCGCACUUAAGUGUAUUAUUUUAAAGCAUAUUAUUUCUGUAACAAGUACUCAUGCUAAAGUGCACAUCUUUUUCACAAGAGCCUCUUCUUCCAGGCAGAUGUGUUUCAUCAUUGUUAUUUUUUAUGUGAAUGAUACCUUUAAUACAUUGGAGGAAGCCACCAAACACACACACGCGCACACACACACACUCACACACACAGAGGAGUGGAAGUGAGUUGUGCUGGAGUGGGCGGAGCUUCGGGCUUCAUUGAUGUCACUGUCUGGCCGAGAGCCGAGUCUGGAAUACUGGAGCCGACCCGGGUCGAGGGGAGAGCCGAAGAAUAACGGGAAGCUGUUAUGCAUCAGCAAAGCCCUGAAAAAAAGUGCUCUUGAGAAAAAAAAUGUGCAAAAGGAAAACAAUUGUAUCUUGAAAGUACAGGAACAAAAAUAGCAAGGGCGAGUGAUCAGGCACCACGGUGGACAUUGUUUGACCCAAACGGAGUGAGGUGGACAGCGAUGGAUUAUGGGAGGUCUGCAUUUUUGUAAACACCAUUGAGGAUUGGUGCAGAUUAUUAACAUGGCUGGAUUGUUUCCUUCAGCACGCAGUUUCCAUAUUAAAUAUAGAAGCUCGCUCCUGCGGAAAUCAAACUAAAGCCGUUUGCAAUGAAAAUUCAGAGAUUCACACUCAUGAUUCAAAGACACAGAUGAGUCAGUUAGUAAUGCAAAGGAGAAGAGUUGUAAAAUGUUGUCAAAUGUAUAUGUUUUCUCUGCUUAAAAUACAUUUAUAACUAAAAAACUAAAAAUAUUGUAAAUAUACAGUGUACUACCAUACUACAUUUUGGAGUCAGUAAGAUUUAAAAAAAAAAGAAAAGAAAUGAAUACAUUUAUUCAGCAGUCAAUUGAUCAAAUUAAUCUAAAGUGAGAGUAAAGACAUUUAUAAUGUUACAAAAGCUUUCUGUUUAAAAAAAAUGCUGUUCUUUUAAACUUUCUCUUCAUCAAAGAAUCCUGAAAUAAAUAAAUAAAUAAAGUUUUCAACAUAGAUAAUUAUAAAUGUUUCUUGAGCAUCGAAUCAUCAUAUUAGAAUGAUUUCUGAAGGAUCAUGUGACACUGAAGACUGGAGUUGUAAUGAUGGGUCGAAUGCGUGAGGAUCCAUUUGCAGCUUGUUUAUUAAAAGUACUUACAGAGUAGACAGGGCAAAGGCAGAGACACAAACAGGGACAGGCAAUGGUCGAGGCAGGCGGCAGACAAGCAGAGUCCAAAUAACAGGCAAGGAUCAGGGCAGGCGGCAAACAAACACAGUCCAAUAAACAGUCCAAUGGCAACAGAAAUACAAUCCACAAGAAAACGCUCAGAAGUGAUCACCGGGGCAAAUCAAGACUUCGCAAUGAGGUGGUGUGUGUGUAAGUCCUUUAUAGUCCAGGUAAUGAUCUGCAGGUGUGUGUGGCAAUUGGUGAUUGGUGCAUGUGAUUGGAAGGGAGGAUUAUGGGAAGUGGAGUCCAGGAACUGACAGGAACAGACAGUGAUCGUGACAUAACGCCCCCCUUCCGGAAGGCGCGUCCUCGCGGCGUAAAUGGCACAGAUAGGGAGGGGGGGUGGGUACAUUGGAGACCUGUUGGCAGACGGGAACGGGGUCUCCAAUGCAGGUCCAGGAACUCGGGCAGCCACGGGGGGUCAGGUGCCACGGGCAGCCACGGCGGGUCAGGUGCCACGGGCAGCCACGGCGGGUCAGGUGCCACGGGCAGCCACGGCGGGUCAGGUGCCACGGGCAGCCACGGCGGGUCAGGUGCCACGGGCAGCCACGGCGGGUCAGGUGCCACGGGCAGCCACGGCGGGUCAGGUGCCACGGGCAGCCACGGCGGGUCAGGUGCCACGGGCAGCCACGGCGGGUCAGGUGCCACGGGCAGCCACGGCGGGUCAGGUGCCACGGGCAGCCACGGCGGGUCAGGUGCCACGGGCAGCCACGGCGGGUCAGGUGCCACGGGCAGCCACGGCGGGUCAGGUGCCACGGGCAGCCACGGCGGGUCAGGUGCCACGGGCAGCCACGGCGGGUCAGGUGCCACGGGCAGCCACGGCGGGUCAGGUGCCACGGGCAGCCACGGCGGGUCAGGUGCCACGGGCAGCCACGGCGGGUCAGGUGGCUUGGGCACCCACGGCGGGUCAGGUGGCUUGGGCAACCACGGCGGGUCAGGUGGCUUGGGCAACCACGGCGGGUCAGGUGGCUUGGGCACCCACGGCGGGUCAGGUGGCUUGGGCAACCACGGCGGGUCAGGUGGCUUAGGCGCCCACGGCAGGUCAGGGUCCGUAGCCGGCCACAGCAGUUCACAGGCGGUUGAAGACCGUGGGCGUGUAAGGUCCCCACCCGCAAGCUCAAGCAAUUCGGAGGCCGCUGAUGAUCGCGGCCGUGCAGGGUCCCCACCCACAAGCUCCCCACCCUCAGGUAUAUGGCCCCCCCCCAAAAAGUUCUUGGGGAAUUCAACGGAGGCCGUGGCGGUUUCGUGGGUAAGGAGCUCAAGUGACGCCGGUAGGGCAGAAAGCUUGGGUGGCGCCGGCAGGGCAGACCAAGGGGGCUCCGUGACCAUAUCAGGGAGAGCGGGCUGCUCGGUGACGGCCUUCGCGGGUGAAUCAGGAAGAGCAGACUGCUCUGGGACGGCAGCGGGCUGACAGACUGGUCCAGGGUCGAAAGAGCUUGAGUGCGACCUCCAGGCACGCAGGACCACCAACACGUAGAAGGUGAAGAUAGCCCUCUUGGCCAUGACAGGACUGACAGGAAGAGCAUGCAGGGUUGGAGCGGACUCCCGGGCUGGAGCGGGCUCUGAAGCGGACUCACUGGCUGGGACGACCCCUAUGUUCACAGACACUGGCGGGGCGGCCAUCUUGCCCGUGGGCACUGGCAAAGCGGCCAUCUUGUCCAUAGCAUCCCGAGAGUUUGAGGGCGUCGCAACCGGCGAGCUUGAGGGCGUCGCAACCGGCGAGCUUGAGGGCGUCGCAACCGGCGAGCUUGAGGGCGUCGCAACCGGCGAGCUUGAGGGCGUCGCAACCGGCGAGCUUGAGGGCGUCGCAACCGGCGAGCUUGAGGGCGUCGCAACCGGCGAGCUUGAGGGCGUAGCGGCCGGCGGGCUUGAGUGCGAAGCGGCCGGCGGAGGCUUAGGAAUGCCAGCCGCUCGUGCUGAAGUCAGCGGUGGAUCAGCCACACUGGAACGCAACCCACUCCGCUCCCAAACAGAUCCAGAGACGUGAUGUAAUUCUAGAAGAUCAACGGAGACUUGACUUGGCUCUGGAAGAUCAGCGGAGACAUGAUGUGAUGAUGUUGUGGCCGCCAUUUUGUGAAUGCUCUCUUUAGAGGCAGCCAUUACAUGGGGGGACGAGGUGUCGCGUUCCUCCGCGACACCCACAGUAAACAGUGAACCAACAGUAAGCAGAGCAAAGUCCAGAAAUUCCACGAACGACCCUCGGGGACCAUUAAUAAGUAAGUAGUCCUUCAAUGGUUCGUUUAAUCCAUAGCCAAAGAAGUCAAUGAGGGCACAGUCAGGCAGGUCAGAUAAAUAGGCAAUGUCUAGAAACUUCUGAAUGUGGUCCUCGAGUGUAGAAUUACCUUGCCGAAGGCGGACGAGACGUAUUGCUGGGUCCAUGCUGGGGCUGGAAGCGCUCGUAGAAGCUGCUGGAUCGUUUGAUGGCGAAGUCUUCUGUAAUGAUGGGUCGAAUGCGUGAGGAUCCAUUUGCAGCUUGUUUAUUAAAAGUACUUACAGAGUAGACAGGGCAAAGGCAGAGACACAAACAGGGACAGGCAAUGGUCGAGGCAGGCGGCAGACAAGCAGAGUCCAAAUAACAGGCAAGGAUCAGGGCAGGCGGCAAACAAACACAGUCCAAUAAACAGUCCAAUGGCAACAGAAAUACAAUCCACAAGAAAACGCUCAGAAGUGAUCACCGGGGCAAAUCAAGACUUCGCAAUGAGGUGGUGUGUGUGUAAGUCCUUUAUAGUCCAGGUAAUGAUCUGCAGGUGUGUGUGGCAAUUGGUGAUUGGUGCAUGUGAUUGGAAGGGAGGAUUAUGGGAAGUGGAGUCCAGGAACUGACAGGAACAGACAGUGAUCGUGACAGGAGUAAUGAUGCUGAAAAUUCAGCUUUGAUCACAGGAUUAAAUUACAGUUUAUUAUAUAUUCACAUAGAAAACAGCCAUUAUGAAUUGUAAUAAUAUUUCACUAUUUUUACUGUAUUUUUGAUUAAAUAAAAAAUAUUAUAUUUCUCUUUAAAAUUAAUUUUCUUCUUUUUUUAAUGAUUUAUUUAUAAACUUUAUCAGAAAGCUUCAUACAAUUAAAGUCAUAACUUUUUCCCCAUAAUAACCAUUUCCACCGAAAUAAUUAAACACAUAAAAUAUUAAGGCAACAAUAUUAAUUAAAAAAAAAAAAAAAAUUAUAAAUACAAAUGGUAAAUAAACUUUAAAUAAUGUACUUAUUUACAUAUAAAGAAUAUCACUGUAGGAAAAAAAAAAAAAUAAUUAAAAUAAUAAUUAAAUAAAAAUAUAUAAACAAUAAUACAAUUCGAAUCUCUGACAUAUUCGUGGUCUGUAAAUAAUUCUUAUUAUUAAUAAUUACAAUGUUCAGUAGUGUAUUCCGAGAAAUU